ACACGCGGCAGGCAGCAGGCAGUCGCUGCUGAGUAGACGUAAGGCAUAGUCGAGUAAUACUAGUGGUUUGAAUAAUACGUAUAUAUCAUUGUCGCCUGUGCGUAUUUUCACACGACACAAGAGAAUUCCGUUUCCGCAUUUUUUAUCACGACUCCAAAAUGAAGUUGGCUUGUAUGAUCUGCAUGUUACUGGGCAUAACGAUUGGCUCGCUAGUAUUAGCUGUGCCAUUGACUGAACACAAAAAUUACACAACAACUGCUGAGCCGACGAGUAAUGCUACAACUACUAAUGCUGUAACUACAGAAUCUACAAUUAUACCUACAUCCACUACAACUAUAUCUCCGACAACAACAUCGACACCAACAGUUACUAUUCCUACACCUACUACAACUACUAACGCUACUACUACUUCAAGUAAACCUACAACUCCAAGUGAACCUACAACUGUAUCGCCGUUGACAACAAGCACCAAUGCUACGACAACCGUAUCUACUACACCUAUAGUAAAAACAACACCGUACCCAAUUACUCCAUCACCUUCCAAGGAUCGUCACUUUGAUGGUUUAAGCUUUUUUGGUGGCAUUAUUCUUGCUACAUGUUUGAUGGCGAUUGCUGCGUUUUCGUGGAAAUUCUAUAGGCAAUGCAAUGAAAGAAACUACCGUACGCUGUGAUAAGGUGCAAGGCUGUAAUAACUUUUCGAUAACUAAAUAUAGUUAAUCGAAUUAAGAACUACAAAACUUAUUUUAUUGUAAUAAUAUUGCGUAUUUUUAUAACGCAGUUAAGUGUUGCGUGGUUUAAGUGCUCUUAGUAAUGUGAUGUGCAACCACGAAUUCCGUUAUAAUUGCAGAAAAUCAAGUAUCACAUUCAUUCAAACUGAUGUUUUUAUUUGUAUUUACGCAUUUUAUUAGUAGAUGAAAGAUUGCGACGAGGAUAAGUUGCGCAAAUAAAAGCGGGAAGAGAGAAAAGAGAUGAUGGAAAAAUUGAUAGGCGUAUUAGAUUUAAUGACCAAUCAAAAAUAUACUUUUCACGAGAGAUAAAAGAGAAAGAGAUUAGAAGAUUUCUCUAAACAUUAUUUUACUUCUUAUUAGUUUUGAUUCAAACUCUGUGCUAUUGUCGAUAAAAUGCAAUUUGUAUCUUUAAUAUAUGGCACAAUAUGUAUAUAAUAAAAUCUCAGAAUAAAGUUAACUUGAGAAAUACAUAUAUAAGAGAUUGAUACAAAAUAUCUUAGUGUAGAAACAUUAUUUUGUCGAAUAGAAAUAAAUUUCAAAAACAUUCCGUUUUCAGAGAGAUGUAUCGCGAUGUAUAAAUACUGAUAUCGAUUCAUAAUAUGCAUUGGGAAAUAAUGUGUACAUCGAGUUGAGCUGCUAUCGAGAAUAUUGGUAAUUAUAUGAUAACAAUUGUACGACAGGUGCGAGCUGAUAACUCCCUUCUUUUUAUGCAGUAUACAUUUUUGUCAUUGGUCUUAUUUUUCCAAACAAUAGUUCAACACGUAUAUAAAUAUUUGAAUAAUUUGAAUGUAUUCUGUAAUCAAAAUAAAAUAGGUUUCUUUGUUCUGUUAGAUUAUAUUUUUUGGUGUUAUUUACAGCAAGGUUAUGUUGUAUAUGCAUAGAUAUAUACAUAGUAAUGUAUAUAUAAUUAUUUUAUUUUUAAGUCGUAUAUAGUCAUUAAGAAGGGAGAGAGUUUUGCCUUAAAAUGAUUUAUUAUUUACGCGUAAAUAAUCUACCAUUAUUUUAAGACAAAACUAAUAUUCUUUAAAUUUUUUGUUAUACUUAUUCAUAAAAUAAAAAGUCUAAGUAUUAAAUGA